GAGCCGCACCGUCUAUACAGAAGGUUUUCUUCACUACAUAUUUUCUGCUCAUUUUUAUACAUUACUGAAACAAAAUGUCCAAUUUCUCAGCUUUGAAUGAACUUGACGACAAGCGUAUCAAGGGUAUCAAGCCCUUGAUUCCUCCUCAGAUCCUUAUGGAAGACAUUCCUUUGACAUUGCAGGCUGCACAAACUAUUGUCGAAGGCCGAAGAGCCGCCGAAGCCGUUAUCAAGGGUACCGACGAUCGUCUUCUCGUCGUGGUCGGUCCUUGCUCUAUUCAUGAUGUCAAGGCCGCAAAAGAAUAUGCUACCAAAUUGAUCGAGUAUGCCAAGGCUGCUGAGGAGGAUUUGCUUAUUAUUAUGCGCGUCUACUUUGAAAAGCCUCGCACCACAGUUGGAUGGAAGGGAUUGAUCAAUGAUCCCAUGUUGAACAACAGUUACGAAAUCAAUAAGGGUCUCCGCAUUGCUCGCCAGCUCUUAUUGGAUUUGAAUGAAGCUGGCAUCCCUACUGGAUGUGAAUUUUUGGAUACCAUCUCUCCUCAAUACACCGGUGAUCUGGUUUCCUGGGGUGCCAUUGGUGCGAGAACCACCGAGUCGCAAGUUCACAGAGAAUUAGCUUCUGGCUUAUCUUGUCCUGUCGGUUUCAAAAAUGGCACCGACGGUGGCAUUACGGUGGCCAUGGAUGCUAUCAAGGCGGCCAACAAUGGUCAUCACUUCUUGUCGGUUACAAAGCAAGGUUUGUCUGCCAUUGUUCAAACCGAAGGUAAUGAUGCUUGCCACGUCAUUCUCCGUGGUGGCAAGAGCGGACCCAACUACGACGCAGAAAGUGUCAAGAAGACGGCUCAAGCAUUAGAAAAGGCGAAAUUGCCUGGUUUGGUCAUGAUCGAUUGCAGCCACGGUAACAGCAACAAGGAUCACAAACGCCAACCUUUGGUGGCACAGGACAUUGCCAACCAAUUAGCGGAACCUAAGCAUACCGGUGACAAUAUCGUGGGUGUCAUGAUCGAAUCUCAUUUGGUCGAAGGUCGUCAAGAUAUUCCCAGCGAGGGUCCUCACCGCCUGACCUAUGGUCAAUCCAUCACAGACGCGUGCAUCAACUGGGAUGACACCGUCGAGGCCUUGGAUAUCCUUCGAAAGGGUGUACAAGCAAGACGCGCGGCUAGACAAGCUUAAAUCUUUUCAAGCAUGGAUAGACCUUUCUUAGACGCAUAUUUUAAAACCAGAAUCAAUACAUGAAAAAAAAAAUGAAGACGAUAGGCCUUGCUUUUUGUAUAUUUUUCUUUGGGUCCGAUGACUCUCGGAUCUCUUGCUGUAUUAUUAUUGCUUAUUUGAAUUUUUUUUUUUUUCUUCAUUAUGUUUCUGUUGCGAUAAAAAAAAAAAGACUCCAUUAUUACAUGAAAUCUUCUUCGGCAGCAUUGAUAUCUUCAACGUCCGUAUCUCGCUU